GCAAAGGCCUGGCUCGAGAGAGGUACUAUAUGCCUACCUCCAACGCACCAUCACUAAUCAGUAGACCGAGACACGCAACGGAUCAGGCUUACCAUCACGCUAUAGCGACUCAGUCCGUAGCUCCGACUGAGACCUAUACGUGAAGAGCGGAAGCACACCGCUGUACAGAUACAAAAAACCGCCGCCUCGCUGAGUUGCAAGUUCGAUCGGUAUCGCAAGAAAUCGUAGCCAUGGCCAAACGAACGGAGACGACCUACCAAGUCACGCGAAUCACUCGCACUUUCGACAAGACCUUUGACCAAGUCCUGGAGCGUUUGAACUCCAGCAUCAAACAGCCUGACGGCGCCGGCUUGGGCAUCAUCGACCACUUACAAUCCAAAGGAGCCUUUGAGAAGGUUACCAAUGCAGCUCUCGGACCACAUGGAUUCAUGAAGUUCCAACAGUUCGAUCAUGGACAAUGGAUGGGCUUGUACGGCGUGAAUGGAGGCAGAAAUGUGGCAAGGAUCAUCUUUGGGAACCCUCAGAUUGCUAUAUCGAUGUUGAAGCAUGACGUGAGUGCCGGUCUGUUCGUGCCGGUUGAGGUCUUAAUCAUCGAGAGGGAGGAUGGGAAGGGCACGGAUGUGGUUCAAGUGAAGCCGAGUACGUUGAUUGCGGGCGCCGAGGGGUCGAGCGAUGAAUUGAAGAAGGCAGCGGAGGUUCUGGACGACAAGUUGGAGAAAUUGUGGGACGACUACGGCACAGAACUCGACCUCAACGAGAGCGAUUAUGGCUCCGACCUCGAUGCUGCAACCUGGGACGCACUCUUGACAGAAUCCGAGUCACAACAACAGUUUCACUCCUUCAAGGUCGAACAGUUUCCCUCCUUUAACGGUGAGGACAUCCCCGAACCGGUCGUUCAAGAUGAGCCCGAGGCGCAAACCCAUUCUCUCCGUCUUGCGCGCGUGCGUGACAGCCUCGCACGAGCUAUCAGUGGACUCACGGAGACAUGCGAGCAGUUGGACGGGCUGGAGGUGGAACUCAAGCAGGAGCUACCUCAACUACCCCAGCCUCAAAAGCGGGAGCGUACGGUGGAAGUCGAAUACAGCGAGGUUAACCGUCUCGCCUUCAUCACUGCCGCCGAACCACCUGUCGAGUCGCCUGGGAAAGUCGAUACGAGGUCGCCCAUUGAGAAGUUUCGUAGGUCAAAAUACAAGAAGAACAUGACUGUGACGGACAUUGUGUCGCCUGCGUGGUGCGAGAUCCAAUACUGGUACAACUUAACGAAGCAUGGGCGGAUACCGAAGACUGUGAACAUGGUGAAAGGGUCGAGGAUACACAAAGUCAAAGAGAUGGAAGUGCAUACAGAAGUGCCAGUGGAGAUUGCUACGAAGGAAGACAAGCUUGGUCUACGACUGUGGAAUGUCAUUCAAGGCUUGCGGACUCUACGAGCGACGGGCCUGACUCGGGAACUGGAAGUUUUUGGCGUGGUAGAGGGCGAAGUGUUCAUUGGGAUCAUCGACGAGAUCUCGCACACAUGUCCAGAUGAGGAGAAGGAGGAGAGCAUGCUGAAAUCAGGGGACACCUCGACUUCACCGAGUACGAAGGCGAAGACAAGUGCUAUUCCUGCUGAUCAACGCACAAUGAAGGACUUCUUGACCAGCUCUCAAGCAAGCGGCGUGUCUGGUAGUGACGGCGCAUGGCUAAGACCUCUGCGAGAGAAACCUCGCACGAUAUAUCUGGGCGACAUCAAGACUCGUGGCUCGAGUAAGUUGCCGCGACCAGGCAGCGAGACGAAACCGGCGGAGAUUCAGCUGAUGAUGUACCGACGUCUACUCCUGGAUCUGGCCGCGAACAAGGUCGAUGCAGAACCCAUCUUCGCCUGCUAUACAGUCGAGCCACACAAGCCUUUCAGCGAUACGUUCAUCGCUUCGUUGGGCAACAUCGACUUCGACUUCUCCUCUCAAAUGACAAACGUCUCCAUCGAAGCGGACGAUGCCAACGACGAAUUUGCGGCUCCAGAAAGUGAUCCCCUGGCGGAGAUUCUGGCUCAUAACACGCUAAGCUCGCUGUGGUCGCACAUGAUUGCCGAGUUCACAAAGACCAUCUCCGUCAACGCUUCUUCGUCUAGUGUUUCACGACUACUAUCCGCAGAGUAUCGACAAGCCGAUCGUGGCAAUGUCAUCGGAAGGCACAGCUUCGUGUACAACAGUGACAUCCUAGAGCCUUAUCUGCAGGAUGUAAUGAAGUGGUGGAAGGGACAGCGUGAGCCGCGUGGAGUGGAGAUUGAGGAUGCAUACCUCAAAUGCCGACCUUGCGCGUUCAGAGAGAUAUGUACAUGGCGAGCUGAGAAAAUCGAGGAAGUCGCGAACAAGGCGAAGCUGAGGAGCGCGGCAAGGUCAAAAAGUCAAGUGUGA